AUGGAAGCAACUUUGGCCGCAGCAGAAAUACUGAUUACCAGAUGGGAGUACAAAAAAACCACAAUAAAAAUGCUCUUUCAGAGCACUGCAGAAGAAGUCCGUAUAUACAUGGAAACCGUUGACAAUCUCCAACGGCUCAUGGAAUAUUUGUCUGCCGUUGGCACAGAUGCUGCGGGAAUCAUCCGUGCACAGCGGCUGAUGAAAAUGGCCAUGAUCCGUCUGGAGAAAGAGUUUCACAAAAUUCUGUUAUCUAACAGCGAACCCAUCGAUCCAGACCGGGAGUCAUCGGCUCGGCCGUCCUUCUAUUCCUCCACAGAGGGUAGCCUCACUAGAUCCAUUUGCUCUGACGGCGACGACAAUCGCAGCAGCUUCUCGAGCUCCAAUUGUCUGUCAGUAAACAGACUCUGUGAAUUCGACAUGGUUCCGUUGGACGCCGUGGUGGAUCUGCGGAGAAUAGCGCAGCGCAUGGCGAAGAGUGGGUAUGCGAGGGAAUCCAUCCGAGUCUUCGUUCUCAGCAGGAAGUCCGUGGUGGAAGAGAGUUUAUACAAUCUGGGCGUGGACAAGGUGACGGUAAAGGAUGUUCGGAAAAUGAAAUGGGAAUUUCUUGAUGAAAAGAUUAAGAAAUGGAUUCACGGUGCCAAAAUCAGCAUCCGAAUUCUGGUUGCCCGAGAAAAGCGGCUGUGUGAAGAUGUGUUUGAGGGGCUUGAUAAGAUGAGAGAUGCUUCUUUUGCCGAAAUCGCCAAGGAGACCACACGCAGGGUUUUCGCCUUGGCAGAAGGAGUGGCAGCCACAAGCCUGCCGCCGGAAAGGAUAUUCAGACUGCUUGACCUCUACGAAGCCGUAACUGAUCUCACGCCGGACAUCGAGGCCACAUAUUGUCAAAACUCCUUCCCAAGCGUGCAUGAGCAUAAGAUCGUGACCAAGCUGGGAGAGGCGGCCCGGGGAAUGUUGAAAGAAUUUGAUAAGGCCAUUGAGAAGGAGAAUUCUAAGGCUCCCAGUCCGGGCGGCAUUAUACAUCCUCUCACCAGAUACGUUAUGAAUUAUCUCACUUUUCUCUCCGAUUACAAGGAAACUUUGGUUAACAUAACUGCAGAUGCGCCUGAGAAGCUACCCAAGACGCUACCAGACUAUUACGCCGUUGACAAUCCCUGUGACCCGUUGUCUGUUCACAUCGGAUGGGCCAUCUUCCUUCUCCUGUGUAAGCUCGUCAAGAAAUCUGAUCUGUACAAAGAUGUGGCUCUGUCGUACCUCUUUCUCAUGAAUAACCUUCACUACAUAGUACAGAAAGUGAAUGGCUCCGAGCUCAAACAUAUACUGGGGGAGGAUUGGGUAAGAAAUCAGUGGAAUAAGGUAAGGCAGUACGCUCUCAAUUAUGAAAGGAGUGCGUGGAUGAAAGUGCUGUCGAGUAUAACAGACGAGAAAGAUGCAGGAAGAGGUGGAAUUUCGUCCGGGCAAGGUCUGAAGGAGAAAUUUAAGGGAUUCAAUUCAGCGAUGGAAGAGGUAAAGAGGAGGCACAGCGGAUGGGUGGUUCCUAACGUCAGCCUGCGAGAGAAGCUAGGUAUUUCAAUUACUGAGAAGUUGGUACCAGCCUACAGUUCCUUUCUUACCAGAUUCAGGAGCCAAUUUGAAAGAGAUACGUUGGUCAAAUACACACCUGAGGAGGUGCAAGAUUUUGUGCUGGACAUAUUUAAAGACAGGCCCUUGUCUGUGAGCUUCAUGAGAUCCCGAUGA